CGUCUUCGCGUUCUGGCGGCUGUGGCGAAGGAGAGAACGAUAUACAGAAAUCUUCUCACGGAGGAGUUGGGAUGCACGGACGGAUACAAAAAUCUAACCGACAAGGCGGUGUCCUUCAUGGAUCUAGCAGUCACCGAAUUCCCCAGCGCCAAGUUUGUGAUGGUCAUUGAUGAUGACGUGUACGUGAAAGUUGACCAGUUAGCCGAGAAUCUACGAGUGGCGAACAGCACGGGGCUAUACUUUGGCGAAGUUUGGGCUGUGGUGUUCGGAAACAAGCAGAAGCCCAUUCGGGACCAAAGCAGCCAGUACUAUCUCCCAGAAGACCAGUAUCCCAUGCGUGGCUUGCUGCCUUACGUAGCUGGACCCCACAGUGUUAUCUCGAUGGACGGCGUCCGGUUCAUCGCCAAAAACUACUGGCGUCUGCGGAGUUUGAACGGCUUGGACGACGUGAGUGUGGGGCUUCGGCUGUGGAGUAUGCAGCUGCGACAACAGCACACGCGGCAGUUCUCCAGUGUUCGCGCCUCCACGAACUGCAGUGACGACCUCGUGUCGUUCGUAGAUCUUCCGUCGCUGGGGAUCCGCUCCAUUCACGCCAACCUGAUCAACAACCGGAGCUUUUGUCCUGGCUUCCACUCCGUCACGUGGCACCAGAACCUGAAUUCGGCUCCAACCAUGGCAGAAAUGCUGCGACGCCCA